CUGUAUUCAAAAACAUGGUAUGUCAAGGUUUUGCAAAACACGCUGUCGUUUUUUAGGUGCCGGCUUCUUUUCAAUAAAACGGUCAAAUACAUCUCAAUUUGUUUGUAAUAAAAUAGACCAGGUGAACUUAUCCAAUUUAACGAUUUUCCGGACGACAGGAUUACACUAAUUUGUACCUGAAAAGCUGUUUACAUUUUGUAUAAACAGAGAAUAUGGCAGAAACUGAGGACUUAGGCUUGGGCUCUGAAGACCAUUUAGAUGGCUUGGAUGAAAACGGAGUAAACGAUGAAGCGUUGCUGAAUGAUACGGAUGGAGAUGGAGGUGGAGCGGACGAUCCCGAAUUGGAAGCUAUCAAAGCUCGUGUGCGUGAAAUGGAAGAGGAGGCCGAGAAAUUGAAACAGCUGCAAAAUGAGGUUGAUAAACAGAUGAACAUGGGGAGUCCGCCUGGAUUAACGAGUCCUUUAAAUAUGUCUUUUGAAGAAAAAAUGGAGGUGGAUAAUCGGAGCAUUUACGUCGGAAAUGUAGACUAUGGUGCGACAGCUGAAGAGUUAGAGCAACAUUUUCAUGGUUGUGGUUCUAUAAAUCGCGUUACUAUUUUGUGUAACAAGUACGAUGGACAUCCCAAAGGAUUUGCUUACAUUGAAUUCGGCGACCGUGAUUCCCUUCAAACUGCCAUGGCGAUGGACGAGUCUAUCUUCAGAGGAAGACAAAUUAAGGUGAUGCCGAAAAGGACCAACCGCCCAGGAGUGUCAUCGACAAAUCGACCUCCGCGUGGAUCUCGUUUUCGAGGAGGUGGACGUGGCGCUAUUACAAGGGGAGGAUAUUAUGGUGGAUUUAGACCUACCCGUAGGCCAAGGUUGGUUAUAAAUUUGAUAUUGAACAUAAAUAUUUUUUACUUUUUUCUCAUAUAACAUGGUUUUCUAUGUGCAGGAGCUACAGACGAGGAGGGUAUUUUGCGCCUUAUUAAUUGGAUAUCUGGUGCAGGUUUUUAUACGUUUAACUGAUUUACAUUCAUUUCCUUACACAACUCCCACAUUUGCCAAAUUGGUUUUUAAAUUUAAAAAAAAGAAAAAACAAGACAAAAAAAAGAAAAAAGAUGGUUGGCGGAUCGAAAUGUCUACGAUAUAGGUUCUAGAUUAAUUCAUAUAGAGUAUUUCAAUAGUUUGAGAGAAAAAAAUUAUUUAAGUAGAAAAUUGAAAUAUUCUAUAUACUUUCAAAAAGAUACUUUGGUGUGAAAGUGUGUGAAUGUCUUAAAAAAUAUUGAUCGAUUCAUAUGUGAAGAGAACUAGUUGGAACUGUUGUGGAAUGUCUACAUUUGUUUCCUUGCCUUUACAAUCCAUUUUAAUGUUAUGUAAGAUUUACAGGUACCAUCAUCCUGUGAUUUCAAGGAUGCGAUUAAUCGUAAUCAUUAAUUUAAAAAAUCAUUAAAAUAUAAGUAAAAAAAAUGUAUUAUUAAAUAAAUUUCUCGUAAUGUA